AGACCAUGUUGCCCCAAGCCUUAGAUAGUGGCCGCCGUAUCAGCAGGCAUAUCAUGACACUGUUUUUGUUUACGAAGUCUGACGUCUUGACCACCCUGUUACCUGUCACUUUAUUUGCCUUGGCAAAUGCUCCCCAUCCCCAUGCAACCCGCAUUCUGGAAAUCAUAAUUUGGAUAUGGAUCCACCUCCUAAAAUUUGACAUAUCCAAUCAGAUUCAGGACCCAGAAGAAGACAAAAGAAACAAACCUGAUCGCCCUCUACCCUCUGGUCGCAUAACCGCACAGAACGCAGCGGACGUGCGUUGGCUGCUAGUUCCCGUCUGUCUCAUGUUUUCCGCAAUGUAUGGCGGACAGACUCUCGCCUCUAGCGCUUGUUUUGAAGCCUUGAGUAUCUGGUAUAAUGAGUUUGGAGGCCACAAAUUUGCGCUUUCAAAGAAUAUAUUAACAGCCGUCGGGUAUACGUGCCUGGAAGCAGGUGCAACGAUCGUUGCAGGGUCUAGCCCGUGCCUUGAUAGUAUCAGCGCGCGCGCAGUUGCUUUUAGCUGUGCAGUAUUUGCAACGACGCUUCAUGCACAAGAUUUCAAAGACGAGGAAGGGGAUCGCUUUAUAGGAAGACGCACUCUCGUCACUCUGUUCCCUACCUUUGCACGUAUUUCAAUGUUGAUCGGCGUCCCCCUUUGGUCUUUCUUCCUCAGCAGACUAUGGAAUGUGGAUUCGAUCUGUUCUAUUGCCUUUAUAGCAUAUGGAACAGUUGUAGGGGGGAGAUUCAUGGUCUAUAGGACCGCGAGCGCUGAUAAACAAUCCUGCAAAUUAUACAGUGUCAGUGAUCUCAAAGAGUUGGAAGUUUCUCCUUGCUAA